AGUCCAAUACAACUGAUGGAUGCAUCACCUACAUUUUUAGAUGGACUUUAGGCUGCUACUGACUUUCCUGAGACACCUGACAGUGAACCUUUGUUUACAAAGCUGCGCAAUCCAAGCACAGGGGAAGCAACCCUUUACUUAUUCAAUAGUGGUGCACAGCAGCUGUUUGAAGUAAAAGCUUUUCAUGAGGAAAAUCGUUCUUGGUUUAUAGGUCAGACUGUUCAACAAGAUGGGCGCCUGCUGUUUGUUACACCGAUGGACCCCUUAUUUCUGGUACUUUACUACCUCAUAAAGGCAGACAAGGAGCAACAAGGAAAGUUUCAGCCACUCGAUCAAGUUGUGCUAGACUCAGACUAUCCUAACUGCCCGUUGCUGCUGAAGUGUGCAGAUGUUAAACAGUACAUACAUCAUAUAACAGAAGUAAAAGACAUUGGCAGCCAGAAAUUCCACAAAUACAGCCGAGAGAAGACGCUGAAGUGGUUAAAGAAAAAGGUCAAUCAAACAGUGAAAGCACUUAAAAGCAACAAUAUAAUUGUAGGUGAAAGGGUAUAUGCAGCUACAUUUAUCAGCAGUAAACAGAUCACAGAUACUGAAGAAGACUAUGUACGCUAUGCCCAUGGGUUAAUAUCAGAAUAUAUUCCUGACGAUCUGAGUAAGGAGUUGUUAAAAUACUUAGGGCUCCCAGAACUUAAAAACCCAGCAGCAGAGCCACCAUUGAAGAAAAGGAAAUUAUCAGAUGCCCCUGUGGAAGCAGAAGAAGACUAUACUAAGUUUAACAGCAGCAAUCUGAAAACCAAAAAGGCAAACAGCAAGAUGUCUGCAGCGCAGAAGGCUUUGGCCAAAGUUGAUAAAACUGGAAUGAAAUCAAUUUCUGCUUUCUUCAGCUCCAAACCUAAAGCAUCAAAAUAA